AUGUCUACUCUUUAUCCAGAAGGGAAGAAGAGUUUCCUAAAGGAAACAUGUUCAUUCUCAGCCUGUGGCGCCAGCAGUAGGGGCAGCAUCUGGCACAGGAACUGGAACAGGUGCAGCUGCAUGAUGGAUGAGAUCGAGUUACCUUUAUCCACUCUCGAUCAUUUAAUUGAUUCACAACUUGAGAACCUGAUUCUAACAGAUGCGUGGCCUCAUUCUCAUGCACAGAAGAUUUGUGCACAUUUUUCUGAACUUCACAAUCGUCAAAGUUCCAGAGAAACAGCAGAUGAUGCAUUUAGGGCUGUAUUUGAAAAGGAGCAGCCUGGUCGGGUUAGAUGCUAUGGUAGAUCGGUGAUGACAAGCUCUCCGAAAAAAGAUGAAGAAAUCACCAAGCUUAAACAAAAGCAUGCCGAUGAAAUAACUUCUCUGAAGGAAGAAAUGAAGGAAAUGAUGAGAGAAAAAAUGCGAUGUUUUUUUAGUCAAAUGGUGAAAAACAACCCUGGACUCGAUUUUCAUGAUAUACAAGGGUGUGUUGGAUCUAAUAUUCAUUCACCAGUUGAUGCAAGUAGUGCACGAGCUAUGAGAGGCCAAAAUCUACCAAAUUCAUCUGGCUCAACUCACGCCUCAAAUCUUGAAAAGGAAAAUACGGAUGAUGCAAUUGGAUAUGGUUGUCACAAAUCAAUUUGAUUCAUUAAAGUGAAUGGUGAAGACCUUUUGAACAAUUGGGAUGUUUAUUUUUAUUGAUUCUAUAAAUAUGAAUACAUUUGGUUU